AUGCGUUUCUCCGAGAAGCUCGGCUUCAAGCGUCCCGCCGACGAAGCCGGCUCCUCAUGGGUCGCAAUCCUCAUGGGCUUCUUCGUCGCUUUCGGCGGUGUCCUCUACGGAUACGACACCGGUACAAUCUCCGGCAUCAUGGCCAUGAAGUACUUCAAAGACCUCUUCAGCACCGGGUACCGCAACCCCAACGGCGAGCUCGACAUCACCGCCUCUCAGGAAAGUGCCAUCGUUUCCAUUCUGUCUGCUGGAACUUUCUUCGGUGCUCUCGCCUCCCCCCUGCUGGCUGACUUCUUGGGCCGCCGCCCUGCCUUGAUGAUCUCGACCUGGGUCUUCAACAUUGGCGUAGUCCUCCAGACCGUCGCAAUGGCCAUCCCCAUGUUUCUCGCUGGUCGCUUCUUCGCAGGUUUCGGCGUCGGUCUCAUCUCCGCCCUGAUCCCCCUCUACCAGUCCGAAACAGCCCCCAAAUGGAUCCGCGGCGCCAUCGUCGGCGCCUACCAGCUCGCCAUCACAAUCGGCCUCCUCCUCGCCGCCGUCGUCAACAACGCCACCGCCAGGCGCCCCGACUCCGGCAGCUACCGCAUCCCCAUCACCGUCCAGUUCGCCUGGUCCCUCGUCCUCUUCGUCGGCAUGAUCUUCCUGCCCGAGACCCCGCGCUUCCUCGUCCGCUCCGGCAAGCUCGACAAGGCCAAGGCCGCCCUCGCGCGCAUCCGCCGCCUGCGCCCGGAGCACGAGGCCCUCGCCGCCGAGCUGGGCCAGAUCCAGGCCAACCUCGAGGUCGAGAGCAGCGUCAGCAAGGCCACCUACGCGGACUGCUUCCGCCGGCCCAUGCUCAAGCGCCAGUUCACCGGCAUGGCCCUCCAGGCCCUGCAGCAGCUGACGGGCAUCAACUUCAUCUUCUACUACGGCACUCGAUACUUCCAGAACUCGGGCGUCUCCAGCGGCUUUACCAUCGGAAUAAUUACAGCCGGCAUCAACGUCGCCUCAACCAUACCCGGCCUCCUCGCCAUCGACCGCUGGGGCCGCCGUCCCCUCCUGCUCCUCGGCGCCGUCGGCAUGUGCAUCUCCCAGCUCGUCGUCGCCCUCUGCGGCACCCUUUCCACCGGCCAACUGCCCACCGGCGAAAUCUUCGUCAAGUCCCUCGCCGGCCAGCAGGCAGCCGUUGCCUUCGUCUGCGUCUUCAUCGCCUUCUUCGCCAGCACUUGGGGCCCCCUCGCCUGGGUCGUCACCGGUGAAAUCUACCCCCUGAGCACCCGCGCCAAGGCCCUGAGCAUGACCACGGCCACCAACUGGCUCUUCAACUGGGCCAUUGCCUACUCCACGCCGUACCUCGUCAACUACGGCCCCGGCCAAGCCAACCUGCAGUCCAAGAUCUUCUUCGUCUGGUUCGGCGCCUGCUUUCUCUGCAUUGCCCUCGUCUGGUUCUUCAUCUACGAGACCAAGGGCCUCAGCCUGGAGGAGGUUGACGAGCUCUACGCAGAGGUUAGAGUUGCCCGCAAGUCCACCUCCUGGAAGCCUACUCAGCACUUGCCUCUGGUCCCUGAAAGCGCCAGUGGGGUGUCAAAGGACGAGUCUGGUGUAAAGGAGGCGAACCCUCAUGUCGAGGACUGA